GGGGGAAGUUUACAGUGCGCUGACGGACUUUUGGAGAGUUCAGUGUUGUGCGCUCUCGGUGCGUCACACGCUCAAAACCUCCACUCGAAGCGCACGACUCCAGACUAUCAUACAUGCAAAUACAGCCAAGACUCCAGCUUCUCUUUAACCACGACAAGCUUCGUUUUCCCUACAAGCUUGAAUUCGCUUCUACUUGUGGCUGCAUCUUAGGAGUGAAAUGGAUGUCAUCCCUAUGUGUAGCAUCUUCCAGGAGCUCCAAAUUGUGCACGACACCGGAUACUUUUCAGCUUUACCAUCUCUGGAAGAGUACUGGCAGCAGACAUGCCUUGAGCUUGAAAGGUACCUCCAGAGCGAGCCCUACGUCUCGGCCACCGACCUCAAAUUUGAGAGCCAGGAGGACCUGUGGAGCAAGCUGAUGCUCGCCUGCGGGGACAAGUCAAACGAGUCGGACCCAAAGAUCCCCCACAUCAAGGAGGAGGAAGACAAUCAGGACAGCCAGCACCUCGAUGCCGGCGGCUUCAACUCCGACGCCAGCAGCGAGGCCUCGGACAGCUCCGAGGAGCUCUCCCCUACCCUCGACUUCUCCUCCAGCUCUUUGGCUGACAUUCUGGGAGACGGUGGCGAAGACCUGGGCUCCACCAUCAUCAGCACACCCCCGUCCUCACCUGAGCUGGGGAAAGAGGGCUCUGUUGCCCAGGUGUGGAGUGGGAUACAGACUGUGCUGCACUCACCUGGGAAAAUUAGGACUGGGGGCAUAGAGAGGUCGGGGCUGACCAGUGGGGAGGCAUCGCCUGACGGCAGGAGGCGGGUGCACAGGUGUCACUUCAACGGAUGCAGGAAGGUGUACACCAAGAGCUCGCACCUCAAAGCACACCAGCGCACGCACACAGGUGAGAAGCCCUACAGGUGUUCAUGGGAGGGCUGCGAGUGGCGCUUUGCACGAAGCGAUGAACUUACCAGACACUUCAGGAAGCACACUGGAGCAAAGCCAUUCAAAUGCAGUCAUUGCGACAGGUGUUUCUCCCGUUCUGACCACCUGGCGCUGCACAUGAAGAGGCACAUCUAAGAUGGCCUCCAUGUCGAGAUCUCUGAGGGAUGAUUCCAGUUGAUUGUCCUGACCUGUGGGGGAUCAGCGAGGCCGGUGUGUCCUGGAAGCGUUAACAGGGGCACCGCCGUGUUCCAGUCAGUGGAAAAACAUGAAGCAACGCAGGCUAUUAUUUGCACCAUACUUAGUGCCUCCAACACCUCGCUGUGGAGAUUGCUCUUGAAAGGCUUUUUACGGAGAAGUGUGGGGGGGGGGGGCGGGGAGAGACUUGAGAAAAAAAAAAAAGAGUUUAAAACCGGGAAAAAUCUGGGCUGGAGAAGAUGGGAAGAGACUCUUCUGUAUGGUGUUCAAUGCUUUUUUCCUGGAGGAUUAUGGGACUCCUGCGGGGGUGCUGUUCCUCUAAUGACAGUGUGUUUGCCUGUGCGCAUGGGGACUGUGAGUGCCUGUGACUGGAUGCCUGUGCUGGCUUUAUGGAGCGGAUGGAGCUUGCAUUGUGGAACUGCGAGUGAAUGACGUGGAGGGUGUGAUGUUAUGCGAGGGAGGUUUUAGGGGGGGAUAUCUGUGGUCUCACUGAGAAUGAAUGCAAGCAAAAAAAAAAAGGGUUCUGUCUGUGCUGAUUGAGUUUAUUGGCUGUGGAGGGGAAUAGGGGCUUGUUUUGUGGAGCUGAUGUGCUAGAAAGCGCCCCCUUUCUGCCCGGAGGUGGAACUACAGCUCCCUAUUCAAACACGGGAGGCCGUUUUGUUUAGUGCAGCUAUUAAAUGUGCAAUGUAUUACGUAGCCUGUCUCAAAACAUACACGCUAUAAAGCUCAUUUUGUUGUCCAUUGUGUAAGCUCUGUAUCUUAAAAAACAAAAACAAAAAAACAGUGGUUGUACACAAACAGUUAUUGCCAUUAUAACAGAAGUUGCAUGGGAUCUGGGGAUGUGUUGCUCACCUGUUUGCUUAUAGGACAACAAAAUUCCAUUCGAGAGCAGCUACCUUCAUAUUACUCAAUAUCAUAGUAUUGUACAAAACACAUAAGGCAGUCAUUUUGUUUUUUAUUUUCUUGAUAAGUUGGGGAUACCACUAUUGCUUGGCAACUGUCUUGAUCAUGGGAUUUUUGUUCCUUUUUCUUCACUUUUGCUCUUCUCUUUUGUUCUAUCUGUAAAUGCACUGUUGACCUUACGGAUGCCUUAUGUAAGUGGCCUUGUCCUGUUAAAUAGAUCUCUCUCUCACACACACACACACACACACACACACACACCAAACGGAGGUUGCGAAUGCACUAGUGCGUUAUUGAAUUGCUUUAUAAAGGCUCUGAUCCAUACAGUCGCACCUUUGCCCUCUUGUCUCGCCCAGACUCCUCUAAACUCCUCAAUAAAAAAAAGAAGAAAAAAAAAACUAAAUAUCAGCUUCAUAAUGACUGCCAUUUUUACAUUACUGUGCACUCUUUGUUGAACAUAUCAUAACUAUCUCAAAACUAAAUCAUAUUCUCCAAAAAUGACCCGAGUCUGAGACAAAAUCUUGGAGCACUUGAAAAAGCGACUCAGUUUUGUAAAGGUUUACUACUAUGUAGUAUAAAGUGGCGUGGAUGCACUUCAGUCGGACUGUAACUUAGUGUCAAAGGUACAGAGUCUUGGAAAUAUGUUCUCAUGAUAUGUGGCAUGCUCAGCCUCCAUGGUUGUGUCAAAUUAGAGUUACUGCUAAGAAAACAUUUAUGCUGGGGCCAUUUAUGUCCGUCGAUGUGUCAAAAGCUUACAGUCUUUAAAGAAAAGGAUGACGACAUUCUCAAUCAUGAGUCUGUUUUGGUGUUGUAUGUCUUGGUGAGUCUCGCCCUCAGGGUGAGUCAGUAUCUUUACUCAGCCCUGGUUUAAACAACCCGUGAUCUGACUAAAUGGUACCAAAAACCGGUCUAACCAGUUCAGCUGAGCUGUGCUGCAGGCCUAGAGGUUUCUGUAUGCGUCUGCAGGUGAACUGAGGUGAAACCAGGACCAGAUGUAUGUCUGUACCGACUUCACUAUAUGCAUGUUUUAUCUUUAGUUAACUGUACAUGACUUCAACGCACUCUGUGGGUUGAUAAAGUUUAUCGAAUUCCUCUCAGUUUCACAAUCGGAUGAUCUCCAUCACCAUUUUCCCUGUUUCUAGAAAACAUUUUGGAGCCACAGUGUUUUUACUGGAUAAUAUGUUUGUUGAAAAGUAAGACAUGUGGGAGUGUUGAAAAAAAAAAAUCUGCUUUAAGGGUAUGGCUGGUUUAAGUGGUCAUGAAACUUGUUGAUGGCUGUCACUCAGUGGUCAGUCUCACAGCUGUACAUGUGAACCUGGUCUACAUUAAAGAAAGUCCGUACACUGAGAAAUGUCAAAAAUGAAAAAGAUAUGUACAUUGUAAACUAAGAGAAUUUUGUAAGGAAGCUUCUAUUUUGAAAGGGUAUGGGACCAAAAACAAGUGCAGUGUGUUGUUUCUAAAGAUGAACCAAUAAAGACAAGAGGCUGAAGAAUUAUUGUAAAAUAGACACACUCCAUUCUCCUUCAUUUGCUUCUGUAACAUCUUUGUUUUUGAUUUGAUUGGAGAAAGGUAAAGCAGAUGUAUGUUUAAAAAAAGGCAUCAAUUGCGUAUACACCUGUGGCCUAUCAUCUUUCAAAAAAAACAAAACAAAACAACAAAAAAAAAUUCAGACGUGAAUUGUUCUGGACACUUGAAUUGUCAUAAUCUAGCAUUCUGUUGCCCGCUUAGUAUUAUUUUGUUUGUUUGUUUUUGUUUGUUUUUUUGCCAUGUGAUUUCUUUCUCUCAACUUUUCAAAGACGCCCUAUCUUUAGCUAGAGAAUCUUUAUUGGAUAAACAUGGAGAUAAAAAUAUGAGGCUCUAUUUUUGUUUGUUUUAUGGCAUAACAAGAUUUUUUCAUUUGAAAUUGUUUUGUAAAAUAGUUUCUGUAUGAAUGUAUUUUUUAUUGGAAAAUCGAUAAAAAGAAUUUAUUGGAUC